CUCCUAUGUUCGCGCAAAAGAUCGAGUCUAGGAGCUGGCUUUGUCCGUCUGGGUGCCGGCUCGGCUGGGGAACGGGGGAGUUGUCGAGCCGUCCAGGCGAUAACCGAGGGAAACUAGACUACUCAAAGCGAAGAGCCGCACCAACUCCAACACUUCGCGACCCAACCAGGACGACUGCACCGAACGCGCGAAUCCUUCGCCCUUCCUCAGCGUUUAGCCCGUGUUGGUUAUCCAAUGAUGGCUCGGAGAUGCCAGCCGUCCCCAGGAGACUUUACCCACGCAUUUGCGGUCCUGUUGGACACACGGCAGGAUAAUAACAAGAAGGAUUCACAAGAUGAAGCUGCCCAAAGUGCUGGAUCAUGAUGCUAUGCGGCGCGGAGGGUCAAGCUUCAAGGAGGAGCAAGAAUCAUUCAUAGCCAAGAGGUUGCCAUGAUCUCUUUGUGAAUCCCUUGUGAUCCUGAUGUGAGUGUAUUCCGACAGUAUGACAAGCAGCACGGGUGGCUAUGGUAUCACCUGGGACAAUGGUUCGCGACAGCCUAUGUUUCUGAUCGUCACUGGAGUUCUCCUAUUCUUCUCGACAAUCGCUGUAGCGCUAAGGCUGUACUGUCGCCUCACCUUCAUACGAUAUGUAGGAUUAGACGACAAGUUCAUGAUUUGUGCAUGGGUGGUCGCCAUCUCACUCGGUAUUCAGAAUGGUUUUCUUGUCAGCUGGGGAACUGGGCGACACAAUGCCGAUUUAGAUCAUUCGAUCAUUAUGGUCCCUACGUUCAAACACUGGUAUGCAUAUCAGCUAGUUUACCCUUGGGCGUUGUUAUUCGUCAAAGCUAGCAUACUGGCACUCUACUACCGGAUCUUCACGCAAACGAAUUUUCGCUACGCUGUAUACGCCGUUAGUGUGUUCGUCACUGUUCAGACCAUCGUAGUCACUUUCGUCAACGCUUUCGAAUGCGGCGCGAAAGAGCCAUGGAGAGCAUGGGUCCCUACCUUUCCCAAAGGAUGCAACGACCUUCCUAAGACGUAUUUCUCAAUGGCCUCUGUCAAUAUCCUCACAGACAUUUUCAUCCUAGCCCUGCCAAUGCGAGCUUUUGGGCAGCUAAAACUCCAACGAACAAAGCGUAUUGCGCUCUUCGGUGUCUUCAUGGUCGGAGGUAUAGCAGUCAUCGCGUCUAUUGUCCGUCUCUACGCCCUCUGGGUAUACGCUGUAACAGACGACCCACCUUACGACGACAUAUUUAUCCUCCUUCUCUCCCAAAUCGAGAUAAACGCUGCUAUAAUAUCCGCUUCAGCACCCGCCCUCCGCCCACUCCUCAACAAAGCCUUUACUUCGUCCUCGCAUGACCGCUCCGGCCCAGGCUACCCAGCUUCUUACGGACAUGGCGGCCAAAACAGCAAGAUGUUUAGUCGCACAGCUAGAACACGUUCGAACGGACAAAUGGAGCUCUACUCGUUCGGUGGGGGCAACAGGACUAGCAAGGUACCAGUAGGCGGUACGCGCAAUACGAGUGAGGAAUCGAUAUUAGGUGUGGACGGUAUUACAAAGACGGUGGACAUGACAAUCGAAGAAGACUACGUGAGGGAAUCUGUACAUGGGAAGAGCGGAGAGACGCAGGGGUAUGAUGGUGUUAGACGUAGCGAUGUAUGAUCAGAG